UGGCAUUUGGGGCUCAAAUUAGUUCUAAUUGUUGUUUUUCCUGAGAAAACCCACUGAGAAAAACCAGAAAGAUCGGUGAGAACAUGUUUUGGCCACCAAGGAAAUAAAUGAUGGUCUCUAAAUUGGUUGACGAAAUCGGCCAGUUUCAUGAGCAAAGUUCAAUCUUAAAGCAAAUCAAUUGGGAUACAACUAAAGUAUUGCAAGAAAUCCGCAAUUCAGGUUGUUUACCCCAAGAUAGCGACUCGGCAUAUAUCAUUCCUGACGAUGAUUUAGAUGCUCUUUCGCGGGUAUGUGAAACUUUGCCAACUAUUGUUGUCAUAGGACAAAGUCUUUAUGCGAAAAUACUUGUAGUUAACGAACUACUUGGAGAAGCAGUGCUACCUGAUGGCGAUGAUGUUGGUGAUUCGGAAUCAUGGCGAACAAUUCGUCUAAAAUUUGGUCCUCGGGGGGUGAGUUUGCUUUUGCCAGAUAGCUAUGUGCUUGCAACAACCCUCAGUUCUUUUGAACGGGAAGGACAGUGUGUUCCAAGAAGAGAUUUGGUGUUGAAAAAUGAUGACAAAUUAGAUCCUGCAUUGGCUUUAUCAGUUGCGGAGGUUACGUUACCUCAUCCCCUGUUGAAAGCUGGUGCUCAGAUAGUAUGCUCAUCUACAGGCCUUGACUCAACAACUGACCAGCUCGAACAGAAAGUUAAGGCUUACUGUGAAGGUGCUGUACCUGUUGUGAUCUAUGCCAUAGAACAUGAAGAACUUAGUGAACAGGUAUAAAGUAUAUUUGAUCAUUCACUGUUGGUUUGCAAUCAAUCCUUUGGGAUUUAUAAGACAAAGAUAUGUAGGCAAUGUGCAUUGCCAAUGUUGGAGGAAAAUACACUCCAAAUACAAUAGCUGCUAAUCUUUCAUUUGUUAGCAUUCCUCCAACAUGCAUGGCCACCAUGAUGGCAUGUGCCAGGGUGAAUUUCUCAAUUUUCUGUGCCGAAGAUUUUUCGAAUUCAUGUGAAGCUUCACUGAAUUUUUGAAAUUUGGCUUUUCAUUCCUUUCAAGUUAUAAUUUCAAAUAUACAGUAUUAAUAUAAUGCAUGCUUAAUUACUUCACCAAAUCAUUGCCAAAUUGCUGCGCCAAAUGGAUCUUUGGGAUCAUUCAGCGCCAAUUCAAUAUUUGCGAUCAAUAUGUGGGCCAAAUUUUGUUUGAGUCACUGUUCUGCGCCAAAGAUUUUUCAGAAGUACCCUCAAAUUCACCCUGGGGCAUGUGUAAACCAAGAAUCUCUGAUAUUUAUCCCCAAGCACCGUUCCAGGUAUAAUCCCGGCGUUACUAAUUCUGGGUACUAAUUCUGCCCAGGGUACUAAUUGAGUAAUUCCACUCGGCUAAUUACAUCCGGGCAUAUGAGAACAUAUAUAGCGAAGUGCAAAGUCAUCCUCCAUUGUGUGAUGGAUGGCUUUUGAUGUUAUGUGCAUGCGCGAAUACAAGCUCUGGCAAAAGCUUUAAAGAUGCUGUAAAGCCCAUUCUGCACAUCAGUUCUGCUCAGAGACGGAUUUUCAUAUUUUCGUUUGGGGGGGGGGAUAAAUAUCUUGGGGGGUGCUGCUGCUUGCUUGGGCCGUGGCCUGGUGGCAACGCCCAGAAAGGCCAAGGAAAAUGUUUAACAAAACUUGUCUUCUCAAGGCCUGCAUGGCAGCAUCUGAGACCAUAAUAUUAGUAAUUUUACUAAUUUAGUAGUAAGAAUAAUCAAAAUACAGUAUCAAAUAUGAAAAUACCAAAUCAAAAUUGUUACAACUGUGGAUCUACUGUUUAAAUUUAAUCCCUAGAGUAUAUUAUUUUGUCAUUUUUGUGGCUUGCAUUAUUUACAAGAAAUGUUGCAAAACAUAUUAAAAACUACGCCCAACUUUUUUCGGGCGAGAAGGGCGUUGGUAUUAAAUAUAUAUAAUUUGCCGGGUUGCAAAAACUUUUUGGGGGCGGUAACAAAUGCCCCUGGGGGGUGCAACCAAUUUCUGGGGGGUUCGCACCCCCCAGAAAAUCUGUGCCUGGUUCUGCUCGUAACAAAGGGGGACCUGCAGAUAUACUGUAAACGUUGCCCAAAUUUUGCAUCUUUCAAACUUUUUUGAAUUGAAACAUAGAGUUUAUAUUCAUUUACAGGCAUAGCAAACCAGAAAAGUGUUACAUCAUAUUUGCUGUUUUGCAGUAUAUUUUAGCGAAUUUACAUUUUGUAAAUAAGUUUACAGAAGUACAAGAUGCUUUUUUCGAUUUUGACUGGAAAGAAGCCUGCAGUUUCAUGAAUUUGUGGCUGUCAACUGAAAAGACACACCUGAUAUUUUUAAUAAUUUAAUUGCAUGGUUUCUUGGCUAUGUUUUCAAAAUGUUUUAUACAGUUUUCUUUUGCUUAAAAUUGGGACCUACUGAAGACCAAAUAACAAUAUAACAUAAAUUUAAACUACAUCCUAGGUUUUGAAAAUCAAUUAUUCUUUAUUAAAAAUUAUCUCUUAAUAUUUUUCCAAUUCCUAUAUUAUAUUCAGGUUACUAUGGGAACCACUAUUGUUUUAAUCAUGAAAUAUUUUAUGUAGAUUUAUACAUGUAUACUUCAUCUGUUAAGAAAGGCAAGGGGUUGCUGAAUGCAUGUAUUUCUAGUUUAAGCAUUGUUCUGUUACAGCACAUCAACAAUUUAGUAUUGACUCGCCAGAGAUUGUAUGUAAUCAGGCAGAUUACAUUGUGUAUAAUGAAAUGAAACUGUACACUGAACUGAAACUGUACACUGAAAUUUCAUUCUUUGAAAUUCAAUUUUCAUUCCAAUGAAAAUUUGCAACAAGCAUUCUUUGCAACAUAUUAUGAAGAAUUUGGAGAUGAUGAAAAUAAAUCGUUUUUGCAAUAGCCGGUAGCAAUGAGUAAAUAGUCAAUGAGAAAAUUUAUGUACUGUAUUGUGCAAAAAUUAGCGUAUGCAAAAUUGCUUCAUAUAAUACUAGCCACUAAAGUUGUAAAUUUGUCGCUUGAGAUUUGUAUGCAUGGGAUAUUGUAUUAUAGGUACUUGUGAUUCCAGGGACUGCAGGUUUGAUUCCUGUCAGAGGCCCAUAGACAUUUUCUGGGGCUGCAGUUGGGAGGUGGGGGUGCACAUCAGAGCGCUUCGGCAGCGCUACACGCCCCUUCCUAUUGUUAGGUCUAAAUAAAUGUAGUACUUUUAAAAUUAACCUUCGAAAUUUCCAUCUACAAAAUCCUUCAGCAUUAGUUCAAUUGAGUGAGAGGCCCAAAGACUCCUGAUGACAUUUCAGAAAUUGAUAAUUCUAUAAUAAUAAAAGUACUAAUUUUAUAAAUACUUUUUUGCAAAAACAAAAUAAAGAAAAAAAGAAAAUGAUCGUGUUUAUUGACAGGGAGUCCAGACAUACUGUACAAUAUACGGGAUAAUUAAGUUGAAACUGAAACUAAAUUGAAACUGAAUAAAACUAAAUUGAAAAUUAUACUAGACUGAAACUGAAUAAAAAUACGUUGCUUACUGGGUGUGUGUUUCUGCCUAUUAACAAUUAGUAUAAUUACAUAGGUGAUUAUUGAAAAUUCUCCACGCUGAUUGGUUGCCGUUGAGGUGAUUAUUACGCGAUAAUCACCUAAGCGAUUUUCAAAAUGGCGGCCGAAGCCUCUUUUGUCAAUUAAAUGACGAAGAAAUGUGUAUUUUCUUAUUUUUUUCCAAAUAAUCACCUAUGAAAUUAUACUAAAACAAUUAUUCACCUCAGGCUCGGUGAUUAUCGUGAAUAAAAACCUCGACUUCGUCUCAGUUUUUAUUCACCGAUAAUCACCUCGCCUUCGGCGAAUAAUUGUUAAUUAUUAGUUCUAUUCCAACCACCAUACAUGUAUGACCGCAAGUAUAUUUUGGCGAUUGGCAUAGAACUAGUAAAUGUUAGACUGAAUACACCCUGUAUAGUACAUAUUUUUAUAAUUUAUUCUGUUUUAAUACUUAGUACUUAAAGAUCCUAUACAGUUUAAGUAUAUUGCGCAACUGUAUGCCUGAGCUCUCGUGGUUUAUUAUGCCCUGUCAGAUUUUCAGAAACUGGUGAUUGAAGAUAUUUCAUUUGAUGUAAAACAGUCAGAGGAAAAAUAGGGUGACGCCCCUGCACCAGAAUACUUACAAAUGUAACUUUAAAAUUCACUAUAGAAAUACAGUAAUGACAGAUUGGCUGGGAAGUACUGCAUAUCAAAGAAUUAAAAAUCAAUAAAGCCAAAAAGGAUCAAUGAGAAAAGUCACUCUGACUUAGAAAGUGAGACUAAACCGGGUAAAAAUGAAACGGACAACGAAAUAUUUUGGUUAAAAAAAUGUAUCCAUAAUAGUUUCAAACACCGAUCGAAUGAUUCAAUUUUUCCCCAAUAAGAGCUAUUAACACAACUUCUUCCCUUCUAUGUUUGUAAGUAUACCAAUGUCUUUAUUUCAAUCAUCAUACGUGUGGUUGACCAUGACCAAGUUCACUUGCGAUAACCAGGCACUCACUACUUCACUAGCGUAUAUCUUAUCUAGCUAGCUCUCAAUGGUAGAUCAGCUUUGUAUGUAGCCUGGUUGAGCAGACCCCCUGGGUUAGGGGAGAGCCUGCUUACAGGCUGCUUUUUAUGAACAAGCUUUCGUUGCUGGGAUGCAACUACCUGAAAAAUAUAAGGAAAAUUUCGACGUUUCGGGCUUCGGUGGCGAAGUGGUUAGCGCACUUGCCUUUCACCUCUAAGGCCAUGGGUUCAAAUCUCAGUGAGAACUUCCCAAUGUGACUCGAACCCAGUCCUUAUGUGAAAAGAGUAAAAGUCAACGCUCUGCGGAAAGUCGUGGGUUUUCUCCGGGUACUCCGUGUUUCCUCCCACAUGGAAAGUUGACAGGGUGGGUUAGGCACAUAGGUCUGGAGGCAGAUCAUUAAUGAGGUAUGGACUAAUAGCGGCUGCUCAAGCACCAUUUGUAAGUCUACCUCGGUCUGCUUCACGUCAGUCCGGUUCUAUCUAUCUAUUCAUAAUGUAACCAGUCACUGAAAAGCCCUGAUAGGGAGUGUGCUGUGAAGUAUCUGUAAGGCCCUUCGUCUGUAAUUUCAGACGAAGGGCUUUCGCUCAGGGCCUUCGCUCGAAACGUCGAAAUUCUCCUUUUAUUUUUCAGGCAGUUGCAUCCCUAACAACGAAAGCUUGUCCGUAUUAUUGGCACUACCUACACUAGCACAAACAGUUACUUUGUAUGAAACAUUGGCUAGAUUAGUACAGUGUUUUAUAUAUUUAGUGAAUAUUGCUUAAAUGUUUCAUACUAAUGGGUACCGGUACAAUUUUAUAGGAUAUCCACAAAUUGUCAAGUAUCCAGGCAAUGCAUCCAGAUCGCAGUAUUUUCUUUGCCAAAUGCAACCGGAAGACGCAAGACUCCACAGAAUCCGACCGAGAAUUCGUCUCAGGGACUUUAAACAAUUGUCAAAGUGAUAAGUUAUCUCAACAACUUUGUGAUCUUGGAUUUUUAUCUGUGGAGAUUCUCGCAGACACACCGCUUCAAAAUGCAGACAAUGGAAAUCUUACCAUGAAGAAGUCUGAAAUUUCAAGGUUGAAGCCGAAAAGCAAGCUUAUGAGCGGAAUUUCAAAGUUCUCGGAAUUUGAAGCUUAUCUACACGAUGUAUUGCAAUACGAGCUGCUUGUUGGAGCCUCUAUAUUAAAUGAACAUCAUAGUCGUAUCUUAGGCAUGUUCAUCGCAACCGCGUAUGACCUUCUACGGGACAUGAUUAUUACACCCAAGAGACUGGUAUAUGCUAAGAAGAAAGAAGAGGAGCUGUUCAAUGCUAUGAUGGACAGUGCAAGUCGAAAACAAGAAGAAAUCAAAGCAGAAAUACGCCUGACUAUUACUUCACUCACACCAAAACUUGUCGAAGAGGCCGCUGCUAUGGAGUUUGUAGGUGUUGAAUUGACGGACAGUGAUGAACUUGUAAACUCAAGUGAUAUUACUAAAUGCACAUACCAACUUCAAGAUCUUCUACUGAAGCAGUUAAAUAAAAAUCUGGCCUUAAAGCUGAUGAGUUCAGUUCGAUGUUUGAAGGAGAGUUUUCUUGGGACAUUGCAAAGGUGCAUUGAAAGUUUGGAAAGUUUUGACAAAGAAGAAAAGAGCAAAGAGGAAAACAGCCAUGCAGUUAGUGCUUUUAAACAGGUUUGUGCUAAUCCAUGAUCAUUUUAAUAAUCCUUACAUUCAAUGGGACAGGUUGUUCAAAGCUGGAUUUGUAGCUAACUAUGAGUUAAACAUUUACCCUCACUUUUAGUUUGUGUAGACUGCGAGCGUGUUUAUAUUUCCGCGGGUUUAUAUUUCCGGGCAUGCGAAAGGAAAGGAGGGACUGCUGACAACUCAUCAAGAAACGAAAUACUCGUUGCCCACACAACGCAAAAUUCCCAUUGGUCGAAAUCGAUACGCCUGUCAAUGAUGCGUAGUAGUUAUGCUAUAAAUAAUUUCCGGACUGAUGGUUGAUUUUAUAAAUAAAAAAUGACAUUAACGGUUCUUAUUGGAUAGAUUUAAUUGGAUAUAAGUAAUGUUUAUGCAAAGGCGGAGCCAACUUGACAAGAAAAGUGGGCGUAUUUCGUUUCUUGCUGUGUUGUCGGCGGUCCCUCCUUUCUCCCAACUAUUCGCGGUCUAAGUUUGUGUAUUUCUGCACGUCUAAGUUUGUGUAUUUCAGUUUGUGUAUUUCGAAACUACAGGAAAGAAAACUCUUAUAAAUAUAGAUCCAAGCAAAACUUCAAAAUAUUCUCAAGUUUAUAUACUGUACAAGCUGUUGAAAAAAUUCCUUUAAAUCUUAGAUUAACCUAGGGUUAAGUUGGAUUAAGCUAACCGGCUUUCGACAUCGACGUCGUGAGACUGCGCGCAAGCUAUCAAACGCUACCUGACCUCCUUUCACAAUUAAGAUUCUUUCAUAAAUUCUUUUAAUAUUAGCGGAUUGUUACUAAGGUAGUUUUUUCUUGUAAUAGAUUUUAGAUUCCGCUUACCAAAUGGAAGCCACAACAAGAACGGUCAAUCUUGCUCGAUAUCUAUUUGAAAAGAUUCAACAAGCGUUGAUCAUGCUACCUCGCAAAACGCCUGUCAAAGUAGAUGUCGAAUGGAAGAAGAAAGUAUCGCUGGAUUUACUUGCAAAUCUCAGUGAAUCAAAGCUGGCCAAAACCUUGUGUUCUCAGUUCAAACAACGACUACGAAAUUCCCAUGAUACUUUUUCAGCGUCCAUGAAAAUCAUAGCUCUGUACCACAGUGGGCGUCUGGAGAAAACAGAAGCACAAAGUCUGAAAGUACGCAAGAUGCACGCACCUAAAGUUGCUCGACUCGUUCUGGAAAGUACUUCCUUGCGGGAUCUUAUUCUUUACGGUAUGCCUCAGAUGGGUCGUGAGAUUGGGCGUGGUCAGUAUGGUGUCGUUUAUUCGUGUGAGAAGUGGGCUGGUGCUGGUUCAUGUGCCUUGAAGUCUGUUGUUCCUCCUGAUGACAAACACUGGAAUGAUCUUGCUAUGGAAUUCUGUUACACCAGGUUGGUACUCUCCUCUGCAGACGUGUUUCGAGCUUUUAUUUUCAUGAUUUAGCUUUUAUGAUACAGUGUGUGUCACAAAACACAAAACAAAACUAGAGGGCACUCAGAGACUGCAUACCUCCGCCCGUAUUGAAUUUCGGUCGUGUGAAAUGCAACUAAGACAAUAGAUAAUGAAGGCUGAAGCUUAAUGAGGUUUAUCAUCUCAUUAUUGUCUUAGUACUGCGUGCAUACAUUAUACACGUCCUAAUUACGCAUUCAGUAAGUUUUUUUAAUUGCCGGGAAAAGCAAGACAAAAUUUUCGUCAUUUCUCGUUCAAUUUUUAACCAAAUUCAACCAAAUUUUAAUCAACUCUUCCUUAGCCGAUGGGAAAUGCAUUCAAAAAAUUUCGUAUGAAUAUGUUUGGUAUUUCUUGUGUUAUCGUGCUCACAGACAAACACACAUACACACACAUACACACAUACAUACAUACAUACACACAUACACACAUACAAACCCAGAUGAUUACAUAACCUCCUGGCGGAGGUAACAAAACAAAACAAAACAAAACAAAACAAAACAAAACAAAACAAAACAAAACAAAACAAAACAAAAACACACUCAGAAAAAUAGCAUCUUCUGCGUUCACGGUUUGAGUUAACAAGAAGAAGACACUAUAUCAUUAUCAGUUUGGUAAUGAUUUUGAAAUAAAAUGGAAAUAUUACCGUAUAUCGUUUCUUCUUCUUGUUAACUCAAUGUUAUUAUAUGCUAUUAUUCAAGUAUGUUUUGUUUUGUAUUUUUUUAAAUGUAUUAUGUUUCACAGAUCUUUGCCCCAACAUGAUCGUAUUGUUGGUUUACUUGGCUCCGUCAUUGACUACUCCUACGCUGGCGGUGGGUGUUGUCCUGCUGUGUUGCUCGUGAUGAACAGAUUAACUCGUGAUUUACAUCAUGGUUUGAAGAAUGGUUUACAUUUCUCAAUACGACUCCAGAUUGCUUUGGAUGUCAUUCAAGGAAUACGAUUUCUUCACAGCCAGGGUUUGAUUCAUCGUGAUAUUAAACUUAAGAAUGUGUUGGUAAGUACUUGUAACUGUAUUGUGUUUUCACUGAUCUGGAGAACUGGAAUAAUACUUUCAGUGCUUCCGUGUUUUAUGUGUUACAGUUUAGAUAAGACUGUCGUCAUGAUUUCUUCGAAUUGCUGUAUAGAGAUUAUUGAAGAAUAGAGGAGGGCACCCCCACCCCCUCGGCCAGCACGACACUGGCCGGAUUUGCGGUGCUUUCUUCUAUCUCCGACUGCAAAGUCAGAAUGACAAGAAAUCUGACAAUUUCGUAGAAUUACUGUAGCUUUGGUUACAAAUAAUGGCAAUAAAAUUGAAAGUGCCUAUAAUCUGAAAUCAUGUCUGUUGUUUCAAGCCAUUUUCGGCUACUGCAAACGGCCAAAUUGCAAUAAGUCAUGUCUGUGAUCUAUCUACUGUAUCACAGGAAAAGUUGUAGAUCGCAACCGUCAUUCUUUGAUACGCUGCAUCACAUCAGCUUACCUUGGGGACAAAAUUGUGCGGAAUAAUAUAUGCACCAUUAUAUGGACUUUAUCCCCUGCAUGUGUUAUGAACCAACGGAGCCGGAGCUGAAAAGCCAGAGUUUGCAUAUGCAGUACUAAGACUUACACCAGAGAUAAGAAACUUUCAGUCCCUAAACUUAUCCCGCAAUGCUCCUUCUAUUAUUUUGUAAUCUCUAUGAUACGUAACCUACCUUCAAACCUACUGUACAAUGUAGUUAGAACAGCUAUGAUCUGUGCCAAAGUAUGUAUUACUAUAAAGUGAUUUCUUUCAACUGUAUAACUUAAAUUUCGAUUUGUUUGCCUUUCAGCUUGACAAAGAAAACCGAGCAAAGAUAACAGAUCUUGGGUUUUGUAAACCUGAGGCGAUGAUGUCUGGUUCAAUUGUGGGGACACCAAUUCAUAUGGCACCAGAAUUGUUUUCAGGAAAAUACGAUGCCAGCGUGGACGUCUACGCAUUUGGUAUUCUCUUUUGGUAUAUCUGCUCUGGUCAAGUUCGUUUGCCGCUCAAUUUUGAACAAUGUGCCAGUAAAGACCAACUAUGGUCUUGUGUGAAAAAGGGAACUCGCCCAGAACGAUUGCAGCAAUUUAGUGAAGAGGGUUGGAAAAUAAUGGAAACAUGUUGGCAUGGUGUGCCUGAGGAGAGACCUUUACCCGGAAGCAUCGAAAUAAUACUGCGGCGAAUGGCUGAAAGAGGUCAAAACCAGAAGAAAGUUGCACGAAAAUAAUUCCUUACUUGCACUUUUGAGGGCUGAAGAUAGUGUGUACGUACUAUGCAUGUAUUGUCGUCAGUGACUACUUGAGAGUAGGUACUUUCAUACUUUUCUGCUUGUAAUUACUUAUGUAAGCAUAUGUAAAAUAACUCGCUCGUUGUGAACUAAACCAACUCAGAAUAAACCACCUUGUACCGCAAUGGCUUGCAAGCACUUGCAGAGAACUUGCCACUUGAAUCUCUGAUCAAUAGAAGGACGCUACCACCGCGAUAAUCAUAUAGGGGUCGGUUGUACGAAAGCUGGAUAAUGCUAUCAACCGGAUAGUGAUGUUUUCAAGGCCGUUGAUUGGUAUAACGCAGAUUAAACUUUAGUUUUCAUAAAUUAAAGUUUCCUAUUGUUAAUUGUAAGGUCCAUAUCCACAAUUUUAUAGCGUUUUACAACGGUUGAAAAAAAACAGUAUCCGGUGGAUAGCUCUAUCCGGCCUUUGUACAACCUGCCCCAGAACUUCAAAUGAAUACGAGAUCUACUGUAGAUUAUAAAAACAAGCUUAAGUAUACACUCUGUUGUUCGUAUAUAAUACAUUUAUUGAGUGCCCCUAUAAUACUAUAUACACUUAUAGAUUAGGUACGUAUGUAAAAAUAUAAGGUGAUAGUCAUUUCAGAUAUUGCAAGUAAAAAUUGAGGUCAUAUAAUUGAGGUAAUUUGAGGUGUUUGAAUUUCCAACAUAAUUAGACCAGCAUGUCGUUCACUAUUUUCCAAAAGCGACCAAUGGAAAAUCCUAGUUUGUUAUUUAAUUAAAACUGAAUAUAUGCAAAAAUUAUGGUGAUAUUCAAUCUCGUACCCAGAGCCAUCGUUGAGUCAACGAUGGCUCUGGGUAUGAGAUUGGGUGAUAUUCGGAUACAUGAGCCGUUUUUUCAGUGAAAAAACCCUAAUUUUCACUUCUGUUAUCUCAUAAUAAUUUAUAGAUCCAUUAUUGGUGUAAUUGUUUCCAGCGUACUAAUAGCUCAUUUGUCUAUAUGUUUAGAAAUAUGAACCCUAUAUAUUGAUAGAUUUACUUAUUAUAAGAAGUCAGUACAUUUAUUACUACCAUAGACAUUCCAAACGAGACAGCCUAAGGUUGACAUGUCAUCAUCUCAGCGCAAGGCUGUUAGUUGUAUAUAUCCUCAUCUUAUUAUGGCUGUCUACUUUCUAACUUAUCUAUAGAAAUAUGGUAAAACGUUUGACACCUAUAAACUGAUCCUAUAUGGCAAAAAGGUUUAUCCUCAAAUAGAGCGAAGAAUAUCUCUGAGUGAACUCGCAUUAUCAACUUUUUGGUUAACAGUUUCGGUCGCCGUUUUGCGAAAAGAUAUACGCUUAAGUACACUAGAAAGAAAAGACCAGUGUUGCUCCCUCCUGCAAGCAAUAGCAGUUGGCGUUGUGCCGGUUGUUCUUUUUAAUAAACAAGCUCAAGUGG